AUGUACGUGAGGGGUUGGUCUAAAUACUCCUUGAUUGAUAUCCACGGAACUGAAUGGAAGCGAGUUCGAACGUUGUUGAGUCCAUUCUUUUCAACUUCAAAGUUGAAAGAUGUUAGUUGCAUUGAAGUAAAUGAUCGAAUUUAUAGACGGAUGGAUGAACGAAUGAAUGAAUCAUCAACAUCAUCGUUGUGUUCGGCUUAUACAUUAGAUAUGAUAUGCAGCUCAGCCUUUGGCUUGCAGGUUGAUUCGCAGACCGAUGAGAAUGACAAAUUUCUGGCUCUCUUGAGGAAGUUAACCAACCUUACCGUAGGCGCCAAGCUCAUGUUCAUAUGUUUUACAUUCCCAUUUGUUACGCCUCUGCUGGAGCUGUUCGGCGUCAAUAUGUUCCCAAGGGGUUAUCUGAAAUUCUUCGAAACAAUGACGAAACAGUUGCUAAAUGAAAGACUUAACAAUCCAAGUGGACGUCGCGAUUUCAUUGAAACGAUGGCAAGGGCACAUUUAGACGACAUCGAAGACAAAUCUCUCGGAAGAGAAGGAGAGAGUAGAAAAGGACUGACUAAUGAGGAGAUACUGGCACAAACGCUGAUGUUCGUACAGGGUGGUUAUGACACAACUUCACGCUCCUUAGUACUUACCAUGUACUGCCUGGCUCUGCAUCCGGAAGUACAAGAAAAAGUGCACCGAGAAAUAUUAGAUGUCAUCGGAGAUAAGGAAUUGACCUAUGAUAACUUGAGCAAGUUGAAAUACAUGGAGAUGUGUAUCAAUGAAACUACCAGAUGUUAUCCAGCGUUCAUUAGAUUUGACAGACGCGCCACGCAGGAUAUUGUCCUUGAUGAUGGUCUUCACAUUAGAGAAGGUACUCUCGUCGUUGUUCCCGUCUGGGCUAUCCACCACGACCCAAAUAUUUACCCUGACCCGGAUAAAUUUGACCCCGAAAGGUUCAGCCCAGAAGCAUGCGCCAAUAGAAACCCUCUCCACCAUCUGCCCUUUGGGGCGGGGCAUAGGAUUUGUUUGGGAAUGAGACUUGCCCAAAUGGCCAUAAAGAUGGCAAUGGUUGGAGCUAUGAAAAGAUUUAAAUUUGUUCCGACAGAUAAAACUGAAGUACCUCUGAAAUUAAAGAAGUACUCGUUGCUGGUACUCUGGGAUAACAGUAUUCAUCUAGGGCUGGAAAAAAGAGCGUGAUGUUGAUGAUGAUGACUGCCAUGCUGCUGCUGCUGCUGCCACUGCUGCUGCUGAUGAUGAGCAGUAGUAGUAGUAAUUACAGCUGCAGUAGUAGUAAUAGAAGCAGCUGCAGUAGUAGUAGUAACGUUUUUCUUAAUUGUUUAAAUGUAGCGAGUACAAUCUAUCAAUUCUAUUGAUAUUUGACUAUUUACAAAUAUUUCUUUCAUUUUUUUCUUACUAGAAUUAUUUUAAAUGGUAUUUCUUUGUUUAAUUCGUCUAAAUAAGUUUAAUAAAUAAAUUUACACAGCUUAUAUGACAGGCACAUUCAUGCUAUAGUUUUGCUUCGAUAAGCUUUUCUUUUCCAUAUUUCAAAAUAAAAUUCGUUAUAAAAUGA